AUGCAGGUCGUCAUCCCUGAUCUGGACGACAAGCAGCUUCUCGUGCCGCCACGUCGGAUCCAAUCUCCCACCGCUUCAGUCACCUCGUCCAACAACCAUGUCAGCGCAAGUCCACCUUCCUCAAGCCGUCAAUUGCACAAGAUCACCACAGCAAACUUGCCAGGGCCUUCCAACUGGGUCGAACAGCCCUCGUCCUUCUACUCGCCCACUUCACACACGCACAGCGCCUAUUCGCAGUCCUCCAACCAGUCUCCCAUCUACACAAAUGCUCCGGCGGGUCCCUUUCGCGGUGCCGCGCUGGGAUGGCAUGGCAGAACUGGCAGUGCCACCAGCGACUCUUCUGCUGGUGGCUUCGGCGGUCUAGGCUUCCGCAUGCCUCCCGCCGAACAAGAGCAGCCUAGCUCCUCCAGCAGUCUCCCGGCUGCAGGUGGUUCUUCUGUUUCAGCUUCCUCCUCGUCUCCCUUCAACUUCCCCUCAAAGAAGCCAUCGAUGUCGUCCCUUCGCUCUCAGAUGCGUGCGCACCAGCUCGAACCCGAUCCUUUUCCACAGCAACCCUGGCCAACCACUCCGCGCGCAGAACCGCCGCAUCUGGACAUCCCCUCCACCGCUUCCGAUGCAGGCGACCUCACAGCCGGCUAUCGCUCCGGUCUGUCAACACCGCGUCCGCCACCGCCAGCAUCGAGCUUUCCUUUCCAACAGCAGUCGCUGCCGUCUCCUGGCUUUCACUCGCCGCCAGAAAGGUCCGCACCGCUUGUGUCGGUGCGAGGCCGCAGCGACAGCUAUACCUCCUCACCCUCCCGCUACCAAGGUCACAGUGCCUCCGCCUCUCGUUCCUCCCGCUUCCACCACGCUCCCACCGCUUCCUAUCACUCCGAUUCCCACAACUCGAUUGGCGGCAUCAGCAGCUCGGCAAGCAGCGCCGCUCACCCCUAUGCCAGCUCCAUCACAGAUCUGCCGCCCGUGCCGCCCCUUCCCAGCGCAGCUGACAGUAUUUAUGCCGAUAUGCCCGUGACGCCCGGCGGCCAUACCAACAACGCUGCCUUCCAUCUCCCGCGCGCUAUGGUCAGCACCACCUCCGUUGACGUGGCUGACCUCACAGGCAGCCCGCUCAGACUAAACACACGCCAGCUGCAUGAAGACCCCACCCAGCAACGACUUCCGCGUCGUUCCGAGGACCACGAAGACGCCUCGAGCGGCGACCAUGCUCAGUGGUCCAACGCGCAGCGAUCGCGUCAAAGGCCGCCGCAGUCCUUCAACAGACGCGCUCACAGUCCCGCGCCAUCGCGACCCACUGCGCUUGCCAUCAGUCUCGGCGCCGAAGGGCUCGGCCAGCUUCCACCUGGCAUUGGCACGCCUGACCCCCGCGCUCCUGUCGAGUACGCGCUCAACAUCCUCAUGAGUCGUUUCAUUACUCUUGCAACUGCAAAAGCGAAGCGUGCGCUCGAAUCCGCCCAGGACAACGAUCCAAUGCUCCUCUGUGCACUCAGUCCCGAAGACGACGCUCUCUUUGAAUCAGUCUGCGACUCGCUUGCCCACAUUGCUCGCAAGGGCGCCGACUUGGUCAUCCGCAGUCUAUUUCGCUGGAAGUCGAUCACGCUCGACGCAGACAUCGAUGCCGAUCUCGUCCGCCGACACCUGACCUCGGUCGCCCCCCCUUCGGCCUCCUCUGCGAAUGGCACCACGCGCGACAUCGCUCUCUAUCUGGCGCGUCGUAAGGAGCUAUUUGCCAUCCACCUCGUCACCAAAGCGCUCGUCGUCAUCACAAAAGUCCUGGCGCGAGACUCGCUCAGCGAAGCACCCGCCGCAGAGUUUGAAGAGCAAACUUUCACCAUGCUACUGGCGUGCACGCGUGAGAAGGACAAGGACCGCAUCCUACCGCGUUCCAUCACUCACAUCCGCGACUUUUGCUUUGAGAGCGUAUCUCAUCUCAUCGGCGAAAUCUCGCGCGUGCGAUUCGUUACCAUCAGCGACCGCUUUGUCGAGAUUCUCGAACAAUCCACACGGGCACCAUCUGGCAAGACGGUCGAAGAUUUGCUGGUCGCCGCCAUCCACAGUCUACGUCACCUGAAAAUCACCACCUAUCCGAUGGAGCUCUUCGAGGAAGGUGCCGAGUUCGUCGAUGUCCUUGCCCGCCACUAUGCCAAUUGCCACGGAUUCCGCGUCAAGUCCAGCUUUGCUGAGGCUUUCGCCCAUCUCAUGCUGCCCGUCGCACAGACCGCGUCAGCGGAAGUUAACCAUCCCACGUGGACAAAGGCGAUCGACACCAUUUGGCCACGCAUGACUGCCAUGGCAACUAAGCCACGCUACUGGACUGUCGCCUACCCGCUGCACGUAACGCUGCUCGCUGUAUCGCCCGAGGAGAAGCUCGCUUCGAGCUGGUUCGCCUGCAUGGAAGCCGGCGUUGCCAAACUCAAGGACCGCGUCAAUCGCACCGUCGUGCUCAACGCUGCCGUCAGACUCCUCUGGGCGUACGCCUUUCGCUGCCACGAGAGCCACACAAACACUCACAAGAGACUCGAGGCAUUCUUCCGACUCUGGUUCCCAGCCAAUCGUCGCACCCUCAAUCCGCCCGAUAGCUCGCCAGACCCCUUCAUCAUGAUGGUUCACCACGCUCUAUACCGUCAUUUCGACUUUGGACGCGAGCUCCUUCUCGGCUUUCUAUGCCAUUCGGCCCUCGGCGGAAGCACGCUUUCGUUUCAGUCGGAUGUGUUGACGGGUCAACGCAUGACCAUCGCCAUUCGCGCGAUCUUGCUGACGCUCAAUGCCUACGUCAAGGGCGAGUCUCCUCCCUUCCCUUCCAGCGCCAACUUUCAUCAAUUCGACUUUGACACGCUGCCGGAAGGCUGCGGCGACGAACUACCGGAAGCGUUCAAGUAUCCCAAGACUGAAGUCGGAGAGACACAAAAUCUGUUCAACGACCUUAUCUGCAAAAUUGCGCUCCUCUGUGACCAUCAGAUCAGCGACAUGACCAUCUUCGACGCUCGCACCCAUCUCUUUGCGCGUACCUCGCCCAACGCGGUAGCAUCCACCGCCGAGCGGGCUCUGCUCGAACGCGAAGGUUACGCCUGGCGAUUGCACCAUGCGGCUAUGCUCAUGGCCGCCUACUCACGCGAGAAUCAGUCGUCCAGCGAUCUGCUCCGAGCAUGCUUCGAAUCCUGGCCGAGAUGCCUCAGCGCCAACAUCUCCUUCUCGAGCGUGCUUGCCAUCCUCUUCCGCGCUCACUUCAGUGCCGAUCCUGAUCUGAGCAGGGCCUCAGCGCGUGCCCUGCGACGCAUAGCCAGCCAACGAGCGGGCGGCUCUUCUGCCGUCGUCUCGGGCUUCAUGCGAUGGAUUUUCAGAAUGGAAACGGCCUUCUGGGAGAUCCAUCCCAGGCAGAUGCUCAUCAUGCCCAAGAUCGAAGAGGCCAUCCGGCUGUGGAUUGACUUCCUCCAGAUAUGGCUCGCCGAGCUUCGCGUCCAGAACGGUCAGACAGAUCAGGGCCAGAACGGAACUCAGAAAGGCUUCGAGAUGGAGCGCACCAGUGCAUGGGCACUGAUGGAUGAAGUCGAGGCCUACGCGCUCUUUUUGCUGUGCUCGGCCUCACGCUCCCUGCGCUCCUUGGCGAUCGAAGUGCUGCAGCUCAUCGCUGUCUUGGACGAAGCUUUCCUUUCACCCAGGCGUCGCGCUGCCGCUGAGCAAGCUCGUGCUCAGGGCGAGGAGGAAGAACCGUCGCGCAUCGUGCACCUCCUCGACUUGCCCUGCCACGAUUUCCUCGAUGCCAACGACCCUCAUCUCAGCUGGCAUCAGAUCAAUCAUCUGGCUCGAUACAAAUCACCGGACCGCUCCACGUCUCUGAGGAUGAUCGCCGAAAGCGAAAGGGAGGUCGAACAGUCCUUGUGGUUCCGAGCUCUUCCUCUCUUCUUGCGUAUGAGCUUGGAACGUUUCCCGACGACCGUGGCUGUGUUCCGGUCCUACAUCACCAAUCGUGUGCUCGAGAUGGACCACGUUGCCGUCUACGCAGCCGACAUUUCCAACCGAGCGCCCGCCAAUACGAUGUCCAGCGCUACUCUCAGCAAGUCGCAGGCAGCCUCGGCGGCUACGGCACCCCUCCACAGCUCCAGCUCGAUGGCAUCGCUGCGCGACGCUGCCGCUGCAGGAACAGCUGGUCAAACUGAGACGCUGCUCAUGGCGCAACACUGGCGCUUCUACGUUCUCGCCUUGUGUACGACCACAACGUCCACCGAGGGAUCUCGCGGAGGCGUGGUCGGCAAUCACAGACGGAAGUCGAGCGAGCCCGAGGCGGGCGAGCGUAUGAUCUCGGCGCGCGAUCUAUUCCAAAAGCUCGUCCCCUUCUUGGCGUCGGACAACGAGGUGUUUCAGGAAGCUGUCGUAUUUGCGCUCGGCAACAUCAACGAGAAUCACUAUCUGGCCUUGCUGGAGACCAUGCAAGCCUUGAGCGGAACGCUCAACGAGGAUUUCAAGGUGCGCUCAGUUGCUCGAACCGGGUUGAAGCGGAACCGACGGUUGGACAGACUGCGUACAGCUCUUGCCCACGUGCUCCAGCUUACGGCUCCACACAUGGAAGCUCUCGAUCAUCUCGACAACGCAAAGGUGGUUGGCAUCACGCACAACUGGGUCAAGGACACUUUUCACUUUUUAACAGACCGCGAAGUGCGUCAAGAUUGGGAGUUCCACAGUCUUCGCCGAUACUUUUGCGGCGUGGUCCAGCAUCUCUUCGACGGCCUUGCGAAAAGAGGCUCAGCCGACUCGCACUUUCCCUUCGAGGUUCGACUGCGCAUGUUCCGCGUCUUCCGCGACUGGCACUCGUACAGCACCGUCAGCGAGGAUGGACGGAACAAACUGGCCAACCUUCUCAGCACUGCCGCUGAUCAGCAGAGGGACGAUCGCGCCAAGGAACGCGCUGUCAAGACGCUCAACUACGAGACCCAGGCGCUGUCGUAUCAGGCUGGAUGUGCCAUGGCGUCUCUCUGCCAGGGCGCCAUCUCCAUGGUCGGCGGACCAGCUCCUGCGCCGAUGGCAGGCUCCUCGCUCGACCCGAGCUCACUGCUUCACUGGCUGAGCAGCCUUUUCCAGACGAGCGACGAAAAGAAUCACGAUCUGGCCCGCAAGGCGCUUCGAUCGCUACUCGUCUACAACGACCAGAACGUUGUGCUCGUCGACAGCACGAUCGAUCGCUGUAUCGCAGAGCAGGACCGUGCUCUGGGCAAGAAGAGUCUCUUUGUAACGACGGCCGAGGUGGUGAUCGAAAAGGAGGACCUGUCCAUGCCAUUGCAUGCUAUCUUCUGCCUGGGUCUGGUCAAGCUCGGCCAUCCCGACUCGAGCAUCCGACGCAAGGCCCUCGCCGUGUUGGACGAUUGCAGCCGCCGGUUCGACGAAACCUGCUCGCUGGAUGAGUUCGAGGUGGGCGUGUCGAGUCCUUUGCCUGCCAUCUACCUGAGGACACAGCGGGAUGUGAAUGCUCACCUCGCUAUGCACUUUGACGGUCUCAGAACAGCCAUGCUCAGCGAGUUCACGCGUCGCCUCCCCUUGAUCGACGCCUCACGUCGUGCCACCAUCCUAGGACUGCUGCCCGAAUGGCUCCGCGGUCUAAUCCUGCACACGGCAGACACAGGCAUCGACAGCUAUCCUGCGGCCCCGCUGGAGGUGGUGCUGUACAGGACCUACCUGAACCUCUCGAACCUGUUUUGCCUCACGGUCAGGUACGGUGACGAGCACAAUUUCGAGAUACAAGAGAUUUGGAGCAGUUUGGUCGCGGCAUCGGACGAUUUGCAGAGUGCCGACGCCGUGGUCAGCUUCCUCAUCGCUCAAGGACUUCAUUUCCGGAGCGAGCAAGUCGUCACCCAUUCAAAACGUGUUGUCUCGUGUAUUUCGCACACGGAGGCUGGCCCGCACAUCUUUGAGCAGCUCUGCGCAAUGAUCGAGCCAAGCCGCAUGAUCCAGGUACCGCGGAACGCGUCUGCACCUUCGCCCGACCCCGAUCAUCGCCAUCUCUUCCGCGCGGAUCUGACGAGAUUGCUGCCCGAGCCUGAGCCGACGCUUGCAUUCUCCGAGGGGCAGUUGGCGCUCUUCUACGUCGGCGAGAUGGCCUACGAGAGACGUGAACAGCUCAAAACUUGUCUCCCUACCUUGCUGCAUGCCAUCUUCAUGCAUAUCGACAGCCGCUCAGCAUUUGUUCGCACGCAGAUGGUCAAACUAUUCGAGCAGCUGCUGCGCUGUUCCAUCUCGAUUGGGACAAUCCAGGCAGGCCACGCCAUUCAGCCGAGGAGCUCGACGCACAUCGUUGUCGAUUUCGAACGGAUUGCCGCUGCAAAGGCGCACGUGGAGCGACUGUUCGCUCGACGAGCGUUCGCGAGCUGGGACGCCGAGACGCCGGACGAGGACAACGACGGCCAGACCAAGAUGCCGAAAAAUUUGCUGAGCACGGCAAACGAUACAUUGUCUGUGGUAGAGCCAUUCUUCUCUUCCUUCUGCGAGGACUGGGGAGCUGUGGCACUGACCUGGGCUGCGUCCAAUCCGAUCCGACACAUGGCAUGCAGAUCGUUCCAGGUGUUUCGUGCCUUGCAGCCGUCGGUGACGCCGAGCAUGAUGGUAACUAUACUGGGCCGAUUGGCAGACACCGUCUCUGACCACAAGCCUGAAGUGCAUCGCUUUACGCUGGAGGUGCUUUACGCGCUCAACUUGGUGGUCAAGCGCUGCGAGCCAUUCAACCGUGAGUUCUUGGCACAGACCUGGUGGGCGACGUUGGCGUGCCUGUCGACGGUCAACGAAUCGGAAUUCGCCGAGUCGGUAUCCAUCCUGGAGAGUUUGGUGGACAGGCUUGACAUUGGCUCGCCCGACGUCAUCGCUUACUUGGUGCGAAAUUGCCCGGAAGGAUGGGAGGGCGAUUUCGGCGUGCUGCGCAUCCUCGUCUCGCGUGGUCUCCGGUCGUGCGAGACCUCGGCGCCGACGUUCCGACUGAUGGCAAAGCUGGCCAAAUGUCGCGAUCCAGCGCUAAUCGACUUCGACGAUCGAUGCCGGCUGGGCUACCUAUUCAUCGCUGGCUUGCCAUGGUUCCUGCAGGCGACUGAGGAGGGUCUCGAGGCAGCUGGCGGGUCAGUGACAAGCAAGAAUGAUCCUCGUAAGGCCGCCGUUGCCUCGAGCGCUGCCAAAAGGACAGGUACGGAAUCAGGAGCCGCCUCCACAGGCAAUGCCACUCCGAUCCUCACAGCAGUGGAGACGCAGAUGGUCUUGGAAAUGGCCGCAGACCUGGCCGCUACCGCAUCGCAUCUUGACAUGCGCGAUCUCGAACGCGUUGCCACGUCGAUCGCUAGAGCGCGCUUCCGCACAAAGGACGACUUGAUCCGACAGGCUGUCAACUGCAUCCGAGCCCACUACCUGGCCGAGCACGGAUCCGAGAUGGCCGUCCUGCUGUUGGGUGUGGUGCUGAAUCGAAACGAGUGGAUGCGAAGACAGUCGAUGCAGGUGCUCAAGAUGUUUUUCCAGGCGCUCGACACUCGGAAUCACGCGGCCUUCAGCAGCCUGGGAUCAGAGCUUCUGAUGCCGCUGCUGCGCCAGCUGUCCACGCCGCUCUCUUCGCAGGCGCUCGAAGUGCUAGACGAGCCUAUCGUGGUCCACGGCGGUCCUGCUGCAAACCAAAUCCUGCGCAUGAGUCUGCAGUGGGGCAAUAUGGACUUCAAUGGGCAGGCGCGUGAUUUUGUUCAUGAUGCCUCCAUCUUUGGACCACCGCAAGAGAGCGGCUGGGCGGUUGCGGAUCCGCAGGACAUGGCUACGCGCACGCGCAUCAACCUUCAGGCGCUGGUCAAGAUGUGCGAGCACACGCUCGACAUCGUCCCCACGGGGAACAAUGUCAACUUUGUGGUGGACGAUGCCUACGAUGGAACUGCCGAAGCGGAUGGCGCUGGAUUGGCACUGGACGAAGCACCGGGCGUUGGUGGAGUGAGGAACGACGAGGCGCCGGCAUCUAGUUUGGGCGACAUUGUCAAUCAGCUGCACGACCUGUCUUCGUUCUUUGGCGACGAUCCGAUGUCCAAGAGCCGACAGGCAUCGGUCAUGUGGCGAGACUCGCGUCUCGACCGAUCGGGCUCGAUGCGACAAGCGUCUGGACUGGGGCGCGCAUCGUCGAUCCGGUCGAACGGGCUCAGUGCUGGUGGCAGCAUCGGCCGCAACGGAUCGCUGCGUGGCGGACUGCAGCGCAGUAGGCAAGUCUCGCCGAAUCCUACCGUUGUGCCAGACUCCUUGCGAGGGUUGUACGCGGAUGAGAGCGGUAGUAGCAGUGGCGGCCUCCACAAAGCCGCCGUGCUUGGAGCGCGUCAUGGCGACGAUUCGCGAUACGGCGGCAUCUCUCGAAGAGGAUCGGCUCAGGGUGACCUAUCGAGCCUCGCAAUGGCCAGAUCGGCCAGCAUGCAGUCGAGUCGAAGCGAAGACGCAAGCUCGAAUCGGUCUCGAGCCCAAAUUGCGAAGAUUUUGGCGCGUUCGACGACGCGUGACGGUGCAACAGCCCUUGCGAGGACCAACAGUGGCGGUGGCAGGACGGUUCCCAUUCUCGAGGAGCGCACUGAAGGUGCAUCCAGCGUCGGGCUGCGUGAGCGAUCAGAAAGCCUCGGGCAACUCUCAGAGACCAGCGCUUCGUCGCAGCAACAACAACAACAACAACAGCAGCAGCAGCAGCAGCACGGUCCUUUCUACCGCCGACCUUACAUCUCGUCGCAACAGCAGUAUCAACAAAGUCCUCAAUCCCACCGUCAUCAGAGGCAAAAGCUUUCGUCGUCAUCGGCGUCGUCGGUGUCUGGCUCACAGUCGGGACCGAGCCAACGUGGAGCUGUGGCAGGCAGCAGGCUCGGUCCAGCUGGCGACGGACGCUUUCACUCCAUUGCCAAGUCGGCUGCUUCCAACGGGAAGCAUGGCGGAGGCGAAUAG